AUGUAUAUAGACGUCCAUCUAAAGUAUAGCUGACUACAAAGCAUUUAUAACACACUUACGAAGCACUCCUACAUAGUUUAAAAAAAAUUACAUCGUUGGUUAUAAGCACCAUGGGUUGUGUACAGAGAAAGAAACGUAUUCAUAUGAACAACAAGGAAUUGAGCAAAAAGUUCAGGUUGAGGCGUCGUACAAAAGACUUGGAUCAAGUGGAAGAGGACUUGAAGCCAGAGAACGCGGAGAAAUUGAAGAAUUUGCCCAUAGAUUAUGACCUGCCUGGGGCUGGUCAAUUCUACUGCUUACAAUGCUCUAAAUACUAUAUCAGUGACGAUGCUCUUGAGAAACACAGCAAGUCAAAGGUCCACAAAAGAAGAUUAAAAGAGCUCAAGGAGGGUGCGUACACUCAAGAGGAGGCUGAGAGAGCAGGAGGUAGAAGCGGCAUUGAAAAUAAGAGACCUUCCACCAUGGCCACCUAAUUGGCACCUGGAAAGAUAUAAUAACUAUGAUAUGUAUACUUGGAUUUGGGUUGGGAGGCAAUUGAGGUCUGUAAUCUGUUAGAAAAUAAAUUUAAAUAAUAAUUUCGUAAACAGAACGAGC